GCAGUCAUAUAGUGUCGUCCUUUAAUUUAUUAUAACAGACGGCUGAGCCAACAAUAAAACAUCAUUAUUUUUAUUAAUUUAUUAGCAUUAUGCCGCAGAAGCAAAUGCUAAUACUAAUAAAUACAAGGCAAUAACCAUCAAAACUAGCUAUGGAACGAAAACCAAGAAUAUAUCACCUGCUCAGAACGCCGGCCACCUCCAUUAACAGCUCAUUCUUGACUACCAAAGGGGACAUUGUCGAUUAUAUUUAUUAAUUUGUCUCUUUGCUAUAGAGCAUUUCAUUAGUCUCUUGUCUUCCGAGCACAAUCCUCAUCAUCAUCAAUUUUCGCGUGUAUGCUUCAUUAUGGGUCGCGCUGUAGCAUGUUGGAUGCCUUUGUUAUUAUUUUUCUUUUUCACAACUUCAUCGUCCGGCGAUGGUAAUACUGCCGUCCUCAUCACCUUCAAGAACUCCCUCACUAAUUCCGCGGCGCUUUACAGUUGGAACGAGACAGUCAAUCCAUGCAAUUGGGUUGGUUUGCAUUGCAAAGAUGAUGGUGUCAUUGAUAAGUUGACCCUGGAGAACAUGGACCUGUCUGGCAUGAUUGAUAUAGACACCCUCGUCCAGUUGCCUAAGUUGAGAGCCUUGAGCUUUAAGAACAAUAGCUUCGAGGGCCCAUUGCCACCGUUGAAUAAACUCACUUCCUUGAGGACCUUGUAUUUGUCCAUGAACAAAUUCUCGGGGAAAAUUGCUGACGAUGCUUUUGCUGGAAUGAACUCCUUGACUCAACUUUAUUUGGCAAAUAACAACUUCACGGGCCCAAUCCCUUCUGCGCUUCUUCCCUUGCCCAAGCUUGUCAAACUCAGCCUCGAGAAUAAUCAAUUUGAAGGCCAAAUACCGGACUUUCAACACGACUUCUUAUUGUUUAACGUCUCCAAUAACCAUUUGAACGGUCACAUUCCGGUUGCCCUUGCCGGCAUCAAUCUAGCCUCUUUUGCAGGGAACGAUGGCCUAUGUGGAAAGCCACUGUCUGCAUGCAAGUCCUCCAGGAAGAAGACCAUAAUAAUAAUCGCGGUAGUGUCGGCAAGUGUGAUUGCAUUAGCUGCCCUGGUUGCAGUUGCUUAUUUCCGCGGCCGCCGAACCAAAACGACCCAAGUGAAGCAGCUCCAAGUCCAAGGGACUAAAGCACAAACCAAAUUUGCUGUUAUGGGCCGAAAAGAAUUUGUUCAAUCGCCUGAUCACGAUCACAAGGGCCAGUUGCAUUUCGUUAGGAACGACAGAGAGAGAUUUGACUUGCAAGAACUUCUGAGGGCCUCUGCUGAGGUUUUGGGAAGCGGGAAUUUUGGGUCAUCUUAUAAGGCACUUCUUUUAGAUGGGUCUGCCAUGGUUGUGAAGAGGUUUAGGGAAAUGAAUAAUGUCGGCAAGGAAGAAUUUCAGGAGCACAUGGCUAGGCUAGGAACGCUGUCGCACUGUAAUUUGCUCCCUCUCGUCGCAUUCUACUAUAGGAAAGAUGAAAAGCUUUUAAUUUUUGACUUUAUUGAAAAUGGGAGUUUGGCUAGUCAUCUUCAUGCUAAGCGUGCCUCCGGACAACCAGGGCUGGACUGGCCAACUCGCCUAAAAAUCAUCAAAGGGGUAGCCAGGGGAUUGGCCUACCUCCACAAGGAGUUCCCUAACCUAACUCUACCGCAUGGUCACCUGAAAUCCUCUAACGUGCUUCUGGACCAUACUUUCGAGCCCCUGUUGACGGACUAUGGGUUGGUGCCUGUGGUAAACAAAGCUCAUGCUCAACAAGUUAUGGUAGCGUACAAGUCCCCAGAAUUCAUCCAAAGUGACCGCACCACAACAAAGACCGAUGUGUGGAGUCUCGGCAUUCUAAUCCUGGAGCUGUUGACCGGUAAGUUUCCGGCCAAUUAUCUUAGACAAGGUAAAGGCGCCAAUGCUGAUCUAGCGACUUGGGUAAAUUCAGUUGUCAGAGAAGAAUGGACGGGAGAGGUGUUUGAUAUGGAUAUGAGAGGGACUAAGCAUGGCGAGGGUGAGUUGCUGAAGCUCUUGAAGAUAGGGAUGUGCUGCUGUGAAUGGAGAGUGGAGAGAAGGUGGGAUUUGAGGGAGGCUGUGGACAAGAUCGAGGAGUUGAAGGAGAGAGACAGCGAUGAUGACUUCAGUUCCUACGCAAGUGAAGGAGAACUCUACUCUUCCAGAGCAAUGACUGAGGACGAUUUCUCUUUCUCUAUCAACCGUUGAUCACUGAAGCUUGCUCUACUCUUCGAAAGAGAACAUUGACUCAGAGGUCAUUUUUGGCCACAAAUUAGUCCAUGAAUGGAUGAGUUCAUUGUCCGAUCAGUGGUUGUUGUGUGUUUCUCAAUUUUAUCUUCCUUUUCUUAAUAUUCUUAUUUCGUCCAAUUGAUCAUCUCUGUUAUUAAACUAUUAUAUAUGUUUUCUUUUUUAUGUAAUUGAUUUAGAGUCUCUUACUCUUUCCAAGAAAUAAUUUUCUCUUUGAAGAAUAGGAAGUGGCUGCUUAGUUUCUCUGGGUCAUUUUCAGUGAUGGUCCAGCACGUUUAGUGGUAUAUUUUCUGGGUUUUAAUGUCCUAA